UGACCGGAAGCAGAGUGUGCGGCGCUGUUGUGUGAGGGGAGCGUGAUGGAGCGCUACGACAAGGUGGCCCUCAACGCGUUGGCGCCCCCUGAGCCACGGCAAAGUGAAGGUUCAAUAACAUCAACUUUAAGAACACUCCUGUUCUUCACUGCUUUAAUGAUCACACUACCUAUUGGGCUGUAUUUCUCUUCAAAGGCUUAUAUAUUUGAAGGUACCUUCGGAAUGUCCAACAGAGACAGCUAUUUUUAUGCUGCCAUAGUUGCUGUUGUUGCUGUUCAUGUGGUACUUGCUCUGUUUGUCUAUGUUGCGUGGAAUGAAGGUUCUCGGCAGUGGCGGGAAGGCAAGCAGGAUUAAAGUGAAUAUCACCAUCUGAUGCCUACGGACUGUAAACAGAGUAGUUGUGGAUUGAGUAAACUUUCUUCAUAAUGUACGGUGUACAUAUACAAAGUGGAGGUUAAUGCCUCAACACUGGAAGUCUGUAUGAAUAGAACAAGAUUUAUGCUCAUCUCAUCUGAAUACCAAUAUUUGGCUAAAGACUAAAACAAAGUUAUUCAACCUCAACUUGGCAAGGUUGAGAAGGUCUUCACCUGAAAUUGAAACAAAUAGGCUGGGCUGAAUGUGUGCACAGUUUGGGUUUUUUGUUUUUUGGGGUUUUUUGUGCAAGUCUUGGAGCAGGCAAGAACAGCUAAGCAAAAUGUUGGUUGAAGUCAAUUAUUAAGUUAAAAUUAUGUAUUGAUUCCUACUGUUAACUUACUAGUUUUAAAAGAAACUGAGUAAUAUGCCAGUAGGGCUAAAACACUAGCUUUGCCCAUAUUUUAUGGGCCAUUGCUCCAUUUUGGGAGCACAGAAUCAAACUGAGCAUUAUUUUGUACUAGUCAGCUAUGGUAAUACAAGUAUAUAGUUUACAUUUUUGUUUGGAGCAAAGGAACAGAUGACACACUUUCCAUAAUCCCUGAAGGCAGCUCUUGAGACUAAAAAACUUGCAUGUUGGAGAGCAGUUAGUUAAAUAUGCUUGUAGCAGUUGUAAUAGAUCACAGCCACAAAUUCAAGGAUGCACCCUUACAAUGUCGUUAGUAAAAAAUGGCUUCUCAGUUUUACCAAAAAUUAUUUUUGCAUCACAUUUUGUAGAAAACAUUAUUUUUUGAUUUAUAAUUAAUCUCCAGGGCAUAUUUUUCAAAGUUAUACAGAACCAUUUUAGGUGAUAACCUGCUGAUAUAGUAAGGAGUGACUGAUGCAUUUCAAAGUGAUCUGUACUACAGCUCAAAUCAUAAGUAUAAUGUGAAUCCCAGCAUUGAGCUUUACCUCCAAUUAAAUGCAGCAAAUUCUCUGGAAACUCGUAUCUGGGGACAAAGAUCAGGGCAAAACAACUAGUUGAUCAGAAAACUUGAUUUGGGUCCUGCACUUCAUAUUAAACUUUUUUUUUUUCUUUUAAAUAUAACUUUGGCUUCUUGUAUUUUUAAGUUCUUCUGAUUUGUUCCUGCAUCCUUUGGCUAUUUCUAAUGAAUCUGGAAGAUUGCAGUAUCGUGAACUUGCUUAUCUGCCUACCUUUCCUGUUGUGAACCUUCCUUACAAAAGGAGAGAUAUUUAGUAUUUAUUUUGCAGUGAAAAUACUAAAAAGGAUUUGCUCUGGACUAGCUCUGUUUCAACUGAUAACAGGCUGAUUUUUGAUAUUUUCUGGGGUGUAGUCAUGAACAAAGAGUGGGUUUUAGAGAUGUACAGGAGAAAGGAGCAUAUUUUAAAGGAAAAAGCAAACCAUAGUGAUACUGUGAAAUAAUAUGGUAAUGAUACUGUAACCACCGUUAAAAGAUUGGCACCAUCAUAUUUUAUCAUUGCUAUUUCCCAAUAAUAAAAAGCAGGCCUGUAUGUUUUGUUGAAUCAUGA